UUUAGGAAAAUAUGGCGUCUCACUCACAGCUGUGCGGGUUUUAUUAUCUAGCUAGCUUACUGCUAAUAAACCGAGCAGGGUAAUUCGUGGUGUGAUACUCGUAUACGGGGCGUAGAUCUCGGUUAAGAGAGAGACAUAGCCUUGGCUGUGUUAGAGCUGUACCGUUAUUUAAGUUACAUUAGCUAGGUACUGUGUCACGCCCACCUCUCAGAAAACACUAGCAGCUGUAGCUGUAGCUGAACAGAGAGGCUAGUCGGUCUGCAGUGAGAGGAGAGGAGAGGAGAGCAGCUGAACUAGGGAAGGUUUUUUCCAGCUGCUGUAGCGAAACGGCCGUUGCUGACACCAGCAGUAAACUUCUGUGGCGUUUUGCUGACUGACAGUAUAAUGUAAGCCUACGGAUAGAGCUAACACGUAGGCUGCUCUACUUUAAUGUUUGUCAACUUCAGUAUUUUUUCCGGGGAAGAGAGAGAUGGGAUCAGGGGCUGUGGAUUCAUCCCAGUGGUUGUCUGUAAAAGAAGAGACUAUUUUUCUUCACGAUGGACUGAUUCGUGUGACGGACCUCGCCGAAUUACCCAGCGAGAUUGGUGCCUCAGAGCAGGGCGACGCAGAGCAGGAGAUCCUGACCUUUGAGACCAAGAACCCAGUGGAAUUAGCUGAUCGCCUGCGUUCAGUCUGUGGAAACCAGAGCAACGCAUAUGCCCGCCUCCUGGAGUAUCGGCUUAAUGCUCUACGUGGUCUGUGGGGAGCGCAGAGGCAGCUGGCCUUGGAAGAGCAACAAGAGCGGGAAGGCACAACAGCAGCUGCUGGUGCUGGAGCUGGGGCUGAUGAUGAGGCGAUAGCACUCCUGAAGCGGCAGGGCCUCCUACAGCAGCAACAUCAUCUCACCCACCACCACCACUCACCACUGCCCCCCAGUACAGACCAGGCCCCCUUUACGUCCCGUGUGGGACUAUUGCUCGUUUUCCCCCUUCUACAGUCCCAGACUCGCCAUGACCCGGCACUUAGUGGUGUCACUGCUGAAGUACUGCUGGCCUGUUUGCGUGACUGCCAACCGCUUAGCCUGGGAAAGGAGCCUGCUGAUUGCCUCAAUGGCUUGGAGGGGCUGCUGUGUACCUGGUUGGAGCAGGGAGGUGAACAGGGAGGAGGCGGUUUGGUGCAGGAGCGACUACUAUUAACCCAGAGGCAAAGGGAGAAUGCAGCUGCUGCACUUGUGGCACUGGCAUGUGCCAGGGGAUCUCUGAAGACCUUCAUCCACACAGUUCACCUGCUACAAAAACAAACUGACCUUGAGCAGCUUCCUGUGGCAGAUGUCCUUUAUCGACUGCUUCUUCUUGAAGGGGGUCCAGGGUCUCCCUCCUGUUUACUAGGAGGAAAACACAGUGUCUCAUGGGGCUUUGAGGACAUGCUGCCUGCCCCCGACAGCAGUGCAGCAGGAGCAGAAAGUAAAGAGACAGACCUGGGUCGCUGCUUAACUACAGAUGGCUUAUAUCUGUACACAACUAACUCUUUUGGGAGAGGCUUAAGCAAGUUAGGGUCAGGACUUCAUGGGACACUGAGGGGUUUUGUGUACUGUCGAAAUGAGGAGCUUGAGCCUGGUUGGGUAGUGUACAGCAGUGGCCGACUACUCCAUCGCCCAGCCUCCUUUGACUCUAAACCUCAUCAACUUUGCCAGGUCAUUGACCCUUUCACCCUUAAAGUGAAUCAGAUUGUGUCCAUGCCUGUUCACCACUUUCCCAUGGGCAGCAGUUUGACCACACUCCACCUGUGUUCUGAUGGCACUUAUCUCUACUGGGUGUGGUCGCCUGUCAGCCUAAAUGAAAAGACCCAGAAAGGCCACUCUGUCUUCAUGGAUGUCUUCCAGUUAGCGACUGAGGCUGGGCUAUGUGUAGUCAGUCCUCUGCGGGAGCGGGUGAUCUUAUUACGGAAAGAGGGAGAGCCAUCAAAGUGUCUGAAUGAGCUGCUAAUGAGCCGAAUGUCGCGCUUUCGUGCUUCACACUCGGCCACACUAGCUGCUCUUACUGGUUCUGCCAUCACCAACCCUGUAAAAGAGGAGCAGUCUGCAGUAAAUGCUAGUUGUGGUCUUCCACUUAAGACUUUGCGGAAGACCCCCAUGUAUGUUUGUGGGACGUACCUGGUAAUGCUGGCCUCUCCUCCUGGUGCAGCUGGUAGUUCUGCAACUCGCUCACUCUUUGGUGGAUCCAGUGGCCUUUCUUCUCUUAAGAUUCUUGCCUCUAGUCUGGUCUUUAAUCUGGCUGAUGGUCAGUUCAGCAGCCGUGCAGACCUCAUUGAUGCUCCUGGCAGCUCGCUUGGUCGUGGGGCUCAGGUGGCAGGACUAGGGGCCUGCUAUGAUGCUCUCAACAACCUGAUCUGGACAUGCUCUAGUGACUACAUGGACCAAUGGUGUAAUCCUGGCAACCAAGCCUUUCAUCAUGUAUGUCAGCAACUUGGUGUCAGCCAUGUCAUCAGUGAGCCCAAAGAAGAACUGGUGAAGACGGGUGUGGUGAUUAAUCAGCUGCUUCACCACGUUGGGGCCAUGUGUAUUCACCAGUUAAACCUCCUGGCUGCUAGCAGCAGCAGCAGCUUGACUCUGGGAUCUUUCGUGGGCAAGCAACCAAUGGAGACCCGCCACUUUAGCGCUAUCUGUGACAUAAUGGAGAAGGCAAUGGCAAACUCUGACACUUGCAUCAUCCGCUGCAUCCUUGUGGUCUUCCAGGUGGUGUUUCGGUUCUUCAACCCCCAGUCAGAGCAGAAUCAACAAAGUGUAAAGCGUUCUGGAUUGCUGUUGUGGCAACUGCUCAUGGCUCCUGUCAAUCAGAUAGGGGCAGAAAUCCAAAAAGAAGUCUGUCUGGCAAUCAGCUCUGGAUUACAUGUAUUGUAUCAGGGCGAGUCAGAACUGAACAACUUGUUAAAACUGAUUCUGACUGAAGGUGAAAGAAAUGGUGGCUUGUCCCAAUUACGUGAUGUUAUUCUCAACAACCUCGCGGACCAGUUACAGAAAAACCGUUUUGGUAGUGAGGAUGAUGACCAUUACAGGCUGAGUGAUGAACUGUUACACUGCAUUCUAAAGACAGUAGUACGUGAAUCUUGCCUCCUCAUUACUAAAUGCCAAACAGUUUCCAAAGAAGAGUUUCAGAAGCUUCUCUCCACCGUUCCUGUUGCAUCACCGAGUUUGCGCUACCUUAUGGCUGUACAGAAUCAUUUGCUAAGCAACACCGUGCUGAUCCACUCUGAUGACAGCGAUGACAGUGACAGCUCCCUUCAAGGGGAAACAAUGAAGGUACAGGAACUGCAGACAAACAUUCUUUCACUGGCAGCUAAAAUCUUGGUGGGCUGUGAUGAAGUGCUAGAGACUCUUCAGCAAGUCACCACUGCUCUGAUCAACAGUGAUAUCAGCGAUCGUGAAAUCAGAAUGAAAGGACUUGAGCAGGUGACUAAAGCCACCAUGUUGGGCCAUUUACUGCCUGUACUUUUGACCUCUCUAAUGCACCCCAAUCUGCAAACCCUGUCACUUGCUGAUGCUCUCAUGCCUCAGCUUGUCCAACUUGUCCUGUAUACUAGUCAGACUGCUCUACUUUUGAAGACCCAGUCUGCAUUAUUUCUGGAAGGCUCUACACAGAUGGGAGGACCAGUUAACCAUACUAUUAAACUGGCUAGCAGUGAUGACAGUUUCCGGAUUCUUGAUGAAAGAGAAGAACCAGGUUUCCUGACUGGGCUUAGGAUCCCUGCCCCAUGGGCUGCUGGGAAAACUGUGGAAACUGUCCAUCCAGUGCGGGACAACUACAAAUUUAAAGAGACUGUGCAUAUUCCUGGUGCUCGCUGUCUUUAUUUGCGCUUUGACCCUCGCUGCUCUUCACAGUAUGACUAUGAUAAGCUUGUUAUUUAUGCUGGACCUAACACAAACAGUCGCAAGGUGGCCGAAUAUGGUGGCAACACUCUCGGAUACGGCAGCCGCAGUGUCCUGGGUACUGGCUGGCCAAAAGACUUAGCCAAGGUGGAGGGGGACACCGUUACAUUCUCGUUUGAAAUGAGAAGUGGCCGUGAACACAACACUCCAGACAAAGCCAUGUGGGGUUUUGCCUGCACUGUUCGAGCACAGGAGUCUUCUGAAGAUGUUUCUGGUGGUCUGCCAUUUUUAGCUGACCUGGCUUUGGGUCUGUCAGUUCUUGCAUGCUCUAUGUUGCGCAUUCUUUACAACGGUCCCGAUAUCACAAGAGAGGAAGAGACUUGUCAUGACUUGCUCUGCUCCAAACUCUUGCAAAGAUGCCAGUGGCAGGUGGAAGCUAAUGGGGCCAUAUCUCCUGCUCUUACCCCAUCUCCCUCUCCCCUCCCACUCACCAUUGAUGAGGACCGUGAGUUUACCUACCCAGCAGAUGCACUCAUGCCCCCACCAGGACUUAUGUCUGGUGCCUGCUGUGAAUUGCCGCGUAUUCGCUUACCUCCAGGUAUAAUGAGCCGCUUGAGAGAGCUCUCCGGGCGGGCCCGCCCUCAGUUUCGUCCCAGUAUAAAAGAGGUAAUCCGGCCAGAUGUGAUGGAAGAAGUGAUCGUGUCAUGUGUGAUAAAGCACCUGGGUCUCAUAGAUGCGCUGCAGUCUCUGGUGAAUUUUCAGUACAGAGAAGAGCAUGGAGAGGAGUAUGAGCUGCUGUGCAAGAUUAUGGCUGAGACCUUCAAAAAGGUCAAUGCCAUGGAGAGACAAUUACAGAGUGUGGCUGAGCUUGAACAGAAGUGGCAGAGUGAGGUGGAUGAAGCUCAACAGGGAAAGCUAGAGAACAACACACCCUUUUUUUAUGAUUAUCAUUUUUUUGAGAGCAAAAUGAAGGAGCUUGAACUCUUGUGUUCUUUAAAGGAGGUUCCUUUAGAAUGGAGUGAUCUAGAAAAUGUAGUAACAGCAUUAAGAGACAGAUUUUUUCAGGAAGUUAACUCCAUGCAACAGUCUAGAAAUGCUGUCCCUCUGACCAAAACCAAAGCCUUAGUAAAGAGCUUAAUGAAUCGCUCUGAGUUACUUCUACACGUUACCAUCGCCCCACACUGCAGGAGCGUCACCACAACCCCCACGAGCACACCAGCUUGUAAGUCGGUGUCCGACACCAAGAGCAUGAUUCCUCUGGUGAAGCAGCCAGUCUUCCUGCGCAGCAUGUCUGCUCCCUCUGACUUGGAAAUGAUCGCAAACCAAGACCUGGAGUUCACACAUGGAGUUCAGAGGAGACGUCACCACCCAACAAGUCACAGAAGCAGCUCCUUUACAUUGCUGCAGUCUCUGGCUGUUGAAGACAGCAGAGACAAACCAACGUACAGUGUGUUACUGGGACAGCUCUUUGCCUUCAUAGGCACUACUCCUGACCAGGCAGUGUCCAGUAGUAGUUUUUUGGCAGCAGCUCAGACACGCUGGAGGAGAGGCAGCACCAGAAAGCAGGCUCUGGUCCAUAUGAGAGAGCUCCUCACUGCUGCUGUUCGAGUAGGUGGAGUAACUCAUCUGGUGGGCCCUGUCACCAUGGUGUUGCAAGGUGGACCCAGGAUUGAGGAGCUGACCUGUGGUGGCAUGGUAGAACAGGUUCAGGAUGCUUUUGGAGAGACUAUGACUUCUGUGGUGUCUCUGUGUGCUCGCUAUCCCAUUGCCUGUGCAAACAGUAUUGGCCUGCUCUGCAUCAUUCCUUACACCAGGAGCGAGGAACAGUGUCUGGUGCGCAGUGGUUUGGUUCAACUUAUGGAUCAGCUGUGCAGCUUAAGCAGCCAGAGAGACUGCGGUUCCAACGAGAAGCAGACCAAGAAACAGAAAGUGGCAGCAAUGGCUUGGGCUGCCUUCCAAGUGCUGGCCAACCGCUGCAUUGAGUGGGAGAAAGUGGAGGGUGGAUCUACAGAUGGAGUGCAUUCUGGACUAGCACGGCAGGUAUCCACUCUUUUGACAAACCACUUGGCAAGAGCCACAGAAUGUUGUGGUAACCAAGCAGCUGGAAAUGAUGCCUUACAGGAUGUGCUGAGUCUACUUAACGACUUGUCCAGGAGCAAUAUAGGCAAGGCAAUCCUGAGCCAGCCAGCCUGUGUCUCAAAGCUUCUUUCAUUACUUUUGGAUCAGCGUCCUUCUCCCAAGCUGGUGCUCAUCAUCUUGCAGCUGUGUCGUGCUGCCCUGCCGCUUAUGAGUGUAGAGGCCUGUGGAAAUGUGGUGUUGCCUUCCUGGAGCUACUCUAUUAAUGCUUUGGAUAUAGAACAACAAGAUGCCAGUGACCCAGCCUCCCGUAUUGCAGCACUUCUUCUGGCCAAGCUAGCUGACUAUGUGGUACCAGGCUGCCAGACCCUCCUUUCCCCUGCCUCAUCUGAACCAGAUACCAGCCUUACAAGAGCCAGCCCCAAGAGCAGCCUCAAGACUGACAAAGAAGUUGGAGAGGAGGGAGAAGCAGUAGAUGGCAAACUCUCCAUCUUCAUUCACAAGAGAGAAGACCAGUCCUCCCAUGAAGUACUCCAGCCCUUACUCAGUAGCUCAGAGGGGCGUCCUUUUCGACUUGGUACUGGAGCAAACAUGGAGAAGGUGGUAAAAAUGGACAGAGAUAUGACCAAGACUGGGAGCUGUGAAGUCAUCACGGAGGAGGCCUCAGCAGCCCUGCGUAAGGCCAGUAAGUGGGCUCAGUCUGGACUCAUUGUGAGUGUGGGCCCUCCAGUGGAGACCCUUGUCCAAGAGACGUCAGGAGGAGUCAGUAACGGAGACAAGAAGAAAAGUGCCCAGACUGUGGUAUGCAGGGACAGAAAUGCUGAAUUGGCCAGGUCUGACCCAGUUCGUCCGUUCAUCAGUGGUCAUGUAGCUAACAGCAUGGCUGCCGAAGUCAUUGCACUGCUGCACAGCCUUCUAACUGCCCCAGAGUCAAACACAGCUCAGAUCUGGACUGCUACAGCUGAAAAGGUAUUGUCCCGGGCUCUGAUGUAUAUUCCCCAGUUGGGUAAAUAUGCCGAAAGCAUUUUGGAAAAUGGCAGCAGCAGUGGCAGAAAGUUGGCAAAACUGCAGGCAAUCAGCAGACAGGCCAUAGCAGCCUUGUGUGCCUUGGGUGGCUUUAAGGAAAACAUAAAGAUUGGCUCAGAGGUCCAGGUGGUAGGUAAAGGAGUGCUAGGAAGUGUUGGAGUGGUUAUGUCUAUUAAUGAGCAAGAAGGCAUUGCCACAGUCAGGUUCCCUUCUUGUGAAUAUCGCCGUGCAUGUCAGGCCUCUGAUAUCCUGACUGUACCCAUCUCACGGCUCUGCACUCCUCGCUCAGAGGCUUUACCGCUUUAUAAGCUGUCCAUAACUGAGAAAGUGGUCCAGGCAGUACAGUCGAUGCUAUUGCCACAAGAGGGCAGCCUCUCUAUCCAUACUUCUCUGCCAGCCACCGGAGAUGGUUCCAGCCCAGUCAUGGCAGCUGUUCGUCUGCUGGCUGAGAUCAGGACCAGAGCCUGUCUGGUGAUGGCUCAGCUGUUGGAAGACAGUUCAUUCUGUGAGGAGUUUAUCCAGCAGUGUCCUGCUGCAGUGGAAGUUCUUAAUCUGGUGGCACAAGAGUGUAGCCCAGGUGAGCGGCUGGGUGUAAUAGAGGCUCAGUGUGAAAGACUGAGAAUGCUCUAUCGUGACUGUGCACGUCCUCCACCUCCACCUCUCCAGACUGACCGAAGACAGCCCAAAGAGAUAACAUGGUGCCCAUCGCGUGUCUUUCCACCUGUGCGUGCCUGUAUGUUCUCAUCCCACUUGACCUCUGUAACCUUUCUUGCGGACCCUAGUGCUGGGGGUGGGCUCCCCAGAGGCACUUUCAUCUAUGCCACAUCACCAGUUCCUGUACAGGCCCCAUCCUUUUAUUGGGAAAUAGAGAUCGUGUCCUACGGGGACUCAGAGGAUGACAGUGGCCCAAUUGUGUCUUUUGGCUUUGCCACAGAAGCGGAAAAAAGAGAUGGAGCAUGGACUAAUCCUGUCGGCACCUGUCUCUUUCACAAUAAUGGGAGGGCUGUUCAUUAUAAUGGCUCCAGUUUACUCCAGUGGAAGAGCGUGAGACUAGAUGUAGCUUUGCUUCCUGGCGAUAUUGCAGGUAUAGGCUGGGAGCGUUUGGAGGGCACACCGCCUCCUCAAGGACAGGCUCCUAAAGGUAGGGUGUACUUUACCUACUGCGGCCAGCGCCUCAGUCCCUAUUUGGAGGAUGUGGCUGGUGGCAUGUGGCCCCUGGUCCACAUUCAAAAGAAGAACACAAAAGUUCGUGCUAACUUUGGAAGCCGUCUGUUUGCCUACGCGGAGGGACAGGCACAUAGGAAUGCAGCUGAUCUGUGCAUGGACCUCUCAGAAGAGAUAAGUGCCAACUUCGAGGCCCUGCCAUUCGCCAUGGCCUCAGACAGUGACAACGAUGCUGGUGCUAGUGUGGCAUCUGACUCAGGUUCCCAUGGGCCUACCUGUCGCAUUGCUGCUGUGGCUACAGCUCAGCAACAAUAUAACAGUGAUGCCUCCUGCUACUACAAGGUUGAAUUAAGCUAUGAGAAUCUUGUGACAUCUGGGCCUGAUCCACACCCCCCACCCAUCGCUGAUGAAGAAAGCGAUGAUGAGGAUGAUGAUGAUGUGCCAAGAGAGGAUCACUAUGCUUUACUUGUGAAAGCAUGGGAGACUAAAGUGUUCCCUACCAUCCGUCGCCGCUUCAGGAAUGAAGCCGAGAGAAAAUCGGGACUAGACCAGAUAAAGGGGGCCCUCCAGCUUGGAAUGGUGGACAUUGCACGUCAAACAGUGGAGUUCCUUUAUGAGGAGAAUGGUGGCAUUCCUCGUGACCUCUACCUCCCCACUAUUGAGGAUAUCAAAGACGAAGCUAACAAGUUUACAGUUGACAAAGUCCGCAAAGGAUUGACAGUGGUUAUACGCUGCCCUGACAGCAACAACACUGGAAGCAGCAGCGGAGGAACAGCCUUACCCAAGUUUGCCAUCCGAGGCAUGCUUAAAACCUUUGGCCUUCAAGGGGCGGUUCUUGAUGUGGAUUCUGUAAAUGAGUUGGUACAAGUGGAAACAUAUCUACGAAGUGAAGGUGUGUUGGUCAGGUAUUGGUACCCUAUUGAGAUGCUUGAGCGCCCACCAACUGGAUCCCGCAGGACUGCAGCCAAUGGCUUAGUAUCACUGGACAGCAGCAACAUUCAGAUUCACAGGGAGCUACUUCGAUGUGAGAGUGCUUUGGCCCGUCUGUAUUGUCGCAUGGCAUUGCUGAAUAUCUUUGCGCCUAAGAGCCCACACACCUUCACACGCCUCUUCCACAUCCCUGCUGUACGUGAUAUCACCCUUGAGCAUCUUCAGCUCCUGUCUAAUCAGCUACUGGCUCCACCUCUGCCAGAUGGCUCCAUCAGCUCAAACUCAAUCUUGCUAGCCCAAUCAAUGCUCCACAACCUCCACGGUCAGAGCUGCUCCCCCACCGAGCUCUUCUACCAGGGUAAUGCACAGUCAAUCCGUGAGUGGCUGACUGUGGCCAUUAGUAGAGCCCUGCACCAGGGAGAGGACAGCUUGUUGGAGCUUACUAAACAGAUCUGCUGCUUCCUCCAGAACGCCCCAGAGCAGUUCACAUCAGAGGAGUUUCCUGUCUCUGAGUCAAAGGUCGGCAUGGAUAUUAACUUCCCUGGUGCCACAUUUGUAGUUGUUUCUUGUAAAGAGAGCCAGCUUGGUUACCGAAAAGACUCUUCUUUGUAUAAGGCUCCCUGGGCCCGUGUCAUGGUAUACGGCUUGGGCCACAAGGUACGGCGUAAUGGCCAGCUGAAUCUGAUGGAGGUUGUGCGUUACCCUCUAGAUGCUUCCCCUUCUAAUACUGGCCUGACACCUCCACCUACAACCAACCAGUAUCCCAGCAUUAUUAUUCCCACUGACAAAGUGCACAUCAAACUAGGAGUGUCUCCUCCUCCUGGUGCAGUGCUGGUACUGCAUUCUCUGCCUCUAGAAUUUCCCCUAGCCAUGGCCUUUGCUGAACAAUUAUUAACUUGGACACUGGGUGAGAGCACUGAACGCCCAGAGGAAGAUCUGGACACUGUUCCUUCUUCUGUGCUUUUGCAGGUUGUAGAGCUACUGGGUGGGCUUCUCUGGACCACUGAUCUUGCACCUUGUAUCAAGGAGUUGAUCUUCCAUCUGCUUGCUGAGCUUUUUCGCAAGAUCCAUCACUUGGAACAAUGCAAAGCCCCUUCAGGCCUCUCUAGCUCUAUUGCACUGCUCCUAAACCCAUGCCUAGCAGUGCUCAUGGCACUCCAGUCAGAGCUUCGAAAACUUUACGACCGUGAGACCCAGAGUUGGGGCCUGUGUAGUGGAAGCUCGUGUACUUCUGGAAGCAGUGGUUCUUUGGCACUAGCUGCUGAGCAAAGCCGCUUCUCCACAUACUUUCAUGCCCUGAUGGAGGUUUGUCUGGCUGUGGCAGAGGUGACUUUGCCACUCAAUGUGAGCAGUGGAACAGUGACUGUGGGUGCUCUUUCAUCAUCCAGUGCACCCAACCUUAGUGAUUCCUCAUCUUCAUCGUCUUCAUCACCAGGGCAGACUCCCCAGAGCCCAAGCUUACUGUCUAAACGUAAAAAAGUCAAGCUAAAGCGUGACAGAGCUGCUGCAUCACUGGCUGCUGCAGCUGCAGCUUCAGGAAAACGGGGGUCUGGGAGCAGCACAAGACUGUCAGAAAGUGAUAGUGCUCUACUGAAUGUGGCCGGGGGAAAGCCUGAGGAUAUGCUCUGGUUCCACCGAGGACUGACAUUGCUUAUGAUUAUACGACAUUUGACAAACAAAGACCCUCAGGGGCUAGCCGUCACUGCAGAUGCUGUUGCUGAUGCCUGUCAAGCCUUGGUGGGUCCAACUGCCCAUGGUCGGCUGCUGGUGCUCUCUGGAAUUCCAACUCAUUUAGAAGAAGCUGUGGUGCGUAAUGCUAUACGAAAGGCUUGCAGUGCACACGGGGGCCUUUUCAAGGAUGAGAUCUUCAUUCCUCUUCAAGAUGAAGACCUUAAAAAAACUAAAGGAGUUGUGGUCCGAACACCUAGUACUCCUCAGGAUGCUAAGGCAGAAAGACCUCAUCCAAGCAAUAUGCAAAGUCCUGAUAGUUCUAGCAGUGCUACCCCAGCUGUGAGCAUGAGUGCUUCAGCCUCAACCAGCCAGACCUCCAUCUGCAGUUCUUCUCAGGGUGUAUCAAGGACUGCCAGUGAACUCUCUGUGGAUCAGGGACUGUUACCUCAAAUGCCCCUUGCUCAGACACAAGGACCUCUAGACCCCCACACGGUCUCCAGUCAGGAAAGCCUGGAUAUCUCUCUUUGUAGCACAGGGAGCAUUGGUAGUCUUGGUAGCUUUGGUGAACAGCUAGAUAAUGGAGAAAUUGUCUCAGAGUCAGACAAGGGAUCCUUGUACACUGUCACCUCACUUGAAAACAGUGCUAAGAUGUCACGUACCAUUAAAGGUUACGCCGUUAUAGAGGUAAGGUCCAGGGCCAAAGUGGAGAAGAUUCGUGCUAGUCUCUUCAACAGUAGUGAUCUCAUUGGCCUGUCCAGCCUAGAAGGUGAGGAAGAGUUAAUGGAGAUGACAAAUGAGGAGAUCCUGACUGCUUCCAGUGUUAACCAGAGCUUGUUUGACACACAAGGCAGCUCUGCACUUGAGGACUACUUCCUUGACAAAACUAUCAGAGGAGACAAGCUGGUUCCGGGGGCACGAGAUGUGCUCACAGACAUAUUUAAAAGUUGCGUGCAGUCAGAGCAGAUGCUAAGCCUUACCCCGACAAAGCCAGUGAAAGCAUCUGAUAUUUAUCUCAGUAAAGAACAGAUCAGCUCCCAGACUCCUGGAAACCUGUUGCACGUUUUCUUCAACCACAUACGAUCUCCUAAAAAAGUGUUUGAGGAUCAGCUCACACAGAUUCUCCGUAAAUAUGGGACAGUAAAGCCCAGCAAAAGCAGGUACAGCAAAGCAGGCAAAGAGCAGCACCAAAGCAAAGUGGUGAGCACCAAGAGACCAAUUACCAAACCCCCAAUUAAAGAGAAGUCUGUACUCAACAGUGUUCGCACUGCAUUAAGUGAAAAGAAACCAGUCCUAAAGCCCAAGUCUCCAGAGAAAGCUAGACCUGAUGAAAAAGACCUUGAGAAGUCACCUACCAAAAAGCUAGAAGUCCCAGAGGAAAAGUUUUUAACAUUGGAGGGUUUCUACAAGUUCACUAUGGACCGAGCAAAGCAAGAUAUUCGGAGCGUUUGGCGAGCAGUUUUGGCCUGUGGUUAUGACCUACACUUUGAAAGAUGCUCAUGCGUUGAUACUCGUCACGCACAGAAAGCCAGCAGGAAAUGGACUUUGGAGAUGGAUGUUGCACUGGUCCAGUAUGUUAAUCGCCUCUGCCGCCAUCUGGCCAUCACUCCUGCCCGCCUCCACCCCCAUGAAUUGUACAUGGAUCACACAGAUGCAGCCGACCCCCGAGUCUUAUGCCUUCUGAAUGUGCCUGUGGAUAGUUUGCGCCUGCGCUUUGCUCUGCUUCAAUCCCUUAAUAACAUGAUGGAGAGUUUCUUUUUGCCACUUGUGGAGCUCAGACAGACUCAUACUUAUCAGAAUAGUAUUUCUGCACUGUUACGUGAGGCCAAAGGCCUAAUUUUUUAUGAUACCAAAGUGACCAUUAUGAACAGGAUGCUAAAUGCAACUGUGCAACGCACUGCUGACCAUGCUGCUCCUGAAAUCACAUUGGACCCUCUUGAGAUAGUGGGAGGCGAGAUCCACAGUUCAGAAAACACCUACUUCUGCCAGGCAGCUCGGCAGCUGUCUAGCAUUCCUUCAUCUCAGCUUUGUGUCAAGCUAGCAAGUGGAGGAGACCCAACAUAUGCCUUUAACAUCCGAUUUACUGGCGAAGAAGUCCAUGGCACUAGUGGCUCAUUUCGACACUUUUUGUGGCAAGUCUGCAAGGAAUUACAAAGCACUGCCCUCUCUUUGCUCCUCUUGUGCCCCAGUGCUGCUGCUAAUCGAAAUAAGGGGAAGUGCAUCCUGAUGCCUUGCCCAAUCAGCUAUGCUGAAGAGCAGCUCCUGCAUUUUUUUGGCCAGUUGCUGGGCAUUGCUAUCCGUGCAGAUGUGCCUUUACCUUUGGAUCUCUUGGGCUCGUUCUGGAAGGGUUUAGUGGGUGAUGUGCUAGACGUUGACUCAGACCUACAAGAAGCUGACCUCCUUACCUUCAACUACAUAAAGAAGUUUGAAAGUGUGUCUGAUGAAGCUGAGCUGGAGGCACUGUGUGCAGAGAUCUCAUCACAGAACCAUUCAGGCGAGAGCCCUGACUCACCCAGUCGUCCUUGUUGUACAUUUACUUAUAUCACCAUGUCAGGCGAGGAGGUGGAACUGUGCCAGGGCGGACGUAAUCUUGCUGUUAGUUGGGAGAACAAGGAUAUCUAUGCACGUUCAGUACGUUCUCUUCGCAUAAGGGAACUGCAAAAUGUGGAGUGUAUGAAUGCUGUUCGUGCAGGACUGGGCUCCAUUAUUCCUCUACAACUCCUUACCAUUCUCAGCCCCUUAGAAAUGGAGUUACGGACCUGCGGUCUCCCCUACAUCAACCUUGAAUUCCUUAAGGCUCACACUAUGUACCAGGUGGGACUGAUGGAGACAGAUCAGCACAUUGAGUUCUUCUGGACAGCACUGGAGAUGUUCACACAGGAAGAGCUCUGUAAAUUCAUUAAGUUUGCCUGUAAUCAGGAGCGCAUCCCAUUUACCUGUCCCUGCAAGGAUGGUGGGCCAGACACAGCUCAUGUGCCCCCCUACCCAAUGAAAAUUGCCCCACCAGAUGGUGCCAUGGGUUCACCAGACUUGAGACACAUUCGAGUGGAAACCUGCAUGUUCAUGGUGAAGCUGCCCCAGUACUCCUCCCUUGAUGUGAUGCUGGAGAAGUUACGUUACGCUAUACACUACCGUGAGGACCCCCUCAGUGGAUAGAGACAGUCGUCAUGCUACACUGCAUACACUUUUUUCCUGUUAUAUAUUAUUUCCAAAAAAUGUGGACAAACUGAAUUCUCAUUUGUCCCACACUAAGACAGACUUAAGGGGCCACAGCCCUGCAUGCCUUCAUAAAAACAAAACAAAAAAAGUUUUGUUGAAUCAGAGCUUUAAGCAGUGCCACCUUUUUUCAGUGGAUGGUAAUGAGAGUUAUUUUAUUGUCCAAAGAAAGAGAAUGUCCUUGCAUUUUCUGUUUUCAUUCUCUUCAAACAUUUCCCUGUGUUUUGCUCUCUUGCACUUUCUUUUGUGAUUAAUCUAAAGUCUCCUUUUUUAUUUCUAUGUAUUUUUCUUGCUGUGCACUACUGUCUUUUUUCUUUUCAGCUUUGUUGAUGGUUAUUUACACAGCUUAAUUCACAGCAAUGCUGCUUAAGGUUUGAAGAUGAGUUUAGAUGUGUGGAUCAAAAUGACUACAUGCAUAUUGAGAUUGACUUCAGAAAGGACUACCUCUUUAUAUAUUAUAAAGGCUAAAAUGGACUUAAGAUUCAUAUCUAAAUUGAACUUUUCAUGCUACUGGUUCAACCGUGCAACUUAAACUUAGCAUGGGUUUUGGACAGGCAUAUAUGCCUAGAUGUAUUGUAACAGACUGAUGGACUGCUCUGAGUGUACUUGCGGAACUUUCUGCCUGUAUUGAUAAAGGUGCAUUUAAGCUAUAGUAUUAUAUUAAGUUGUACUUUGUUUAUCUUCAUUUUGGUUGCUUAUGUGAGAAAGCUGAGGUUUAUCAUUUGAAAUUUUGUUGAAUGUGCAAAUUAGAUUUCUGGUCAUGAUUUUGUUGAAGCAACCAGAAGAGUGUAGAACUCGACAUUUUCGAUGUAUGCAUCUAUGCUACUACACUUCUUCUUCUGCCACAUCAGUAGUGAGAGCCAUGCACAUGCCAUGGUUUUAGGUUUAGGCUUUCUUCAAUUUUCUGCUCAAUAUUUUAUAGGGCAUUCUGUAAAGUUUUCUCCAAUACACAUCCCCUCCAAUACCAAAAUGGCUUUAGGUUUGUAAAACCAUUUUCACUUUGUUCUUCCAAAAAUAAACACAAAAAAUAUGUUUGGCUAUUUGAAUUGGCUGUUUUGUGGGGUUUACAGUGGUCCAUCUUUAUCUGUAAAAGACAUUCUAAGACAUUACCUGCGUUUACUGUAACAUAAAUGGAUUUUACUCUUUUCCAUGCUAUUAGUGAAAUAUUUUACGUAACUUGAAUGGAGCAAUUGUAACAUAGAUUCCACUUUAAAACUCCUAUCAGAGACGUUCCACACAAUGUGUAAAACACAGUGUUCUGGGUUUAUUUAUGCAGUGCAUUUUGAUGUGAUUGCUGCUAUAAAAUACAAUCUCUCUGUCGGUAUUACAGAGGAAGAAUGAGUUUGUCAACAGUUAUAUGCAGAAAAAAAUAGAACAAAAAUAUGUGUGCUGUACUUGAUAUUUAUUGUAAUAAUUUAUGGUUGCAUUGACCUUUCCUGUGUUACCUCUGCACAUCUGAGACAUAAUAUAGAUGUGCGAAAGGAUUCUUCAGAGAUGAUAUUGAUUUGUGUCAUAAUUACAAUAAAAUAAACCUCUUGAUGUA